AUGAUCAAGUUUUUGCUCCUUUUCGGGACGUCGUGGGCCUUCUACAAUGAGUCCUGCAAUGCCCUUGAUUUGUCAAAAGUUUGCGAGGAUGAGUGCAAUACAGAGAUGAACAUUUGCAUCUCACUGUCAAAUGGUGACUACGACAAGAUCCACAAAUGCCUGAGAGACCACGAGACUUGCUUCGAAAACUGCCCAUGCCAUUUGAACUGCAUGUGGGGUUGCCCUUGCGGGGACAAAUGGAAGUGUCCUCAAAACUGUGAAGAUAUCUACGAGGAAGAAGCUGGCCGGUGCAAACAAAUCUGCGAUACUCAAGUGUGCAGCUGUGUCAAACAAUGCGAUACUUACGACAAUGAAUGUGUCCAAGACUGCAUUGAUAAACAUAAGCAAUGUCUCCAGCGGUGUCCUUGCGGCCCUUACUGCCCUGAUGGUUGCCCAUGCGAUGGUUUCUGUGAUGAACAAGCUAACCACACAGCUCUCAUCAUCUCUGAGUGGGGAGGCAGAGACAGCGGUGAGAAGAGGCAAGUGCCAUAUGUUUUCAAGUGGGUCGUUGAUGAAUACCAUCUUCCGCUACCGAAUUACUCUACCUUUGAACAUCAUGUUGGCCAUGGAAGCUGUCAUGUCCAAUUUCGGGGUGAAUUCUACAUCCUCGGAGGUAGCGGCGGUAAAUACGCCAACAACGAUUACAGUGACGAUAGAGUGUCUCGAGUCGGCCCAUGCGGACUAGAAUACAUCCAACAAGCAUCCCUCCCAACCCUCACGGAUGGCGUCACUGAAUACGGCUGGUCUGGGCAUAGUUGCGCAACUGUCAAUUAUGACCAAGGAGACGACCGAGUGAUGGUUUGUUCUCCUCACUGGCCCGCCAACUCACGUGAUCGCUGUUGGUACAUCAAGGAUGUCAAAGAAAACUGGGAAGAGCUUCCUCCUGAAGACAUCCUAGAUUAUGGUCACGGAAAUGGUGCCAUGGUUUACGUUCGAAACCGAGCUUAUAUGAUUGGUGGUGUUGACGUAAAUCCGGACACCCAAAACCCAGAUUAUGGCGAAGAAUCUGGCACUCAUAAAGUUGAGUUUUAUCUCCCAAGAAUCGGAAACGGCGAGGGAUGGGCUGAAAUCGCAGAUUUUCCCCGAGCAAUCAAAGAUCAUGCAGCCUUGGCUUACGAUCGAUGGAUUUAUGUAUUUGGUGGUGUGAUUCAUGACAAUACUGAGCAUAUUGCUUCCGAUCAUGUUUACUCAUUCGAAGUUGAUGGUAACGACGAAAAUGAUGGCUGGCAUCGACAUCGAGAUAUGGCUAAGCCUCGAUUUGGCUUCUCUGCAGUUGUUGCCACUCCUCGACAAAUUCUGCUUGUCGGUGGACACGAUAAACUCGCAGAUGUUGAAGGUUUUCCCGAAGAUUUACCUAUCGACUCAAGCCCAAUGAGCGUUGAAAAAUGGACAAACGAACGGCCAGCACCCCUUCUUGAUGAAAACGGUGUUUUCAAAGAGCCUAUCUGGACUGAUGAGCAAGAAUCUGAGUUUACUCUCGAUCGCUAUAUGUACCCAGCAGUAUUUAUGGUCAACAACCGGUGGAUCGAAUGGGAGUUCAACUUUGAUUGCGAUGUUAUUCCUGUUCAACCAAUUGUCUAA